UCCUUAUCUACACCUUCUCACUCUCUGGCCAAUGAAUGAUCAGCCUUCCAAGUAUCCUGGUCACACUUUCCUUGUCCAGUCCAGUUCUCCAGAGUCACAGCCACUGCUGCAUCAUGUGGGCCCUGGGCUUCCUGCUCCUCGGCAUGCAACCUGUGGCACAGGUGGACUCCAAGGGUGCCUGGUGCUAUGACUCCCAAGACCCAAAGUGUGGCCCUACCCACUGGAAGGAGCUAGCACCUGCUUGUGGGGGCCCAGCCCAGUCCCCUAUCAACAUCGACCUUCGCUUGGUCCAGCGGGACUACACUCUUGAGCCCUUCAUCUUUCAAGGCUAUGAUUCGGCACCUCUAGACCCUUGGAUCCUGGAAAAUGAUGGUCAUACAGUGCUACUUCGAGUAAACUCAUGUCAGCAGAGCUGCCCAGUGAUCCGAGGGGCUGGGCUGCCAUCACCAGGGUACCGGCUGCUGCAGCUGCAUUUCCACUGGGGCAGCCCAGGGCACAAAGGCUCAGAGCACAGCCUGGACGAGAAGCGCAGCUCUAUGGAGAUGCACAUGCUCCACAUGAACACCAAGUACCAGAGCAUGAGGGAGGCACAAAACCACCCCGAUGGGUUCGCUGUGCUAGCUGUGCUGUUGGUGGAGGAGGACAGUAACAACAACAAUUUCUCUGCCAUCGUGUCUGGCCUAAAAAAUGUAUCUUCCCCUGGGGGCUCUAUGAACCUCACGCCCACCUUCCCACUGGCCUCGCUGCUGCCAAGUGCUGUGGGGCUCUUGAGCUACUACCGAUACUCUGGGUCUCUGACCACACCAGGCUGUGAGCCAGCCGUACUCUGGACAGUCUUUGAAAACACCGUACCCAUUGGGCGCACACAGGUAGCCCAGUUCCAGACCAUGCCCCAGACUGGGCCACCGAGUUUGUACCCUAGGCCGAUCAUGGAUAAUUUCCGUCCCCAGCAACCUCUUGGAGGGCGCAGGAUAUCAGCCUCUCCUGGAGCAUCCAUCCGGUCAUCAGUCACUACCCUGCCCUGUUUGCACCUGCCUCUUUGGGGCUUGGGAGUUGGCCUAAGACUCUGGCAGGGCCCUUAGGAUCCAGGGGUGACUCCUGCUUUCACAAUAAAAGAUGCAUAGUGA